AUGCCCAUUCAGACAAAUUUGCAAUUGAGAGACGGCAAAAAUAUAAAUGUAUUUACACGUUUCCAUCUCUCUCUCUAUCUCUCUGAGGCUCACACAACAGUCACGUGCGGUACCAUGUCUUUGCCAAUAAACCCAGGCAAGGUCAUGGUAGAGCCUCAGCCUGUGUCUCCCGCCAUGACAUUUCUAGCAAGCAAAACCCUAUCCCCCUCCUCACUACCCAUAAACCCCAGCCCUAGACCACGCGUAUCUCAUCCAAUCACAAUCCUAGCCACCCACACAACCCUCAAAUCCAAAUACCAGGCUGAAAGAGGCCUCGAGUUCGAAACCGGAGACUCCUUCUUCCGACGCGAGAGCGCCACUGGCCGCGACCUCGGCGUCCUCGCUGCCUCUCUCCAUAAGAAAUCCAACGGCAGUCUUCGCGUCCUUGACGCAAUGUGCGGCUGCGGAGUUCGUUCCCUACGGUACCUCGUCGAGGCAGAGGCAGAUUUUGUGUUGGCAAAUGACGCGAACGACGAUUACAGGAGGGUUGUGCUGUCAAACUUGUCGCGGGUGGGGAGAGGCUCGGGGGACAAGCAGCGGAGAUGGGCGGCGACGCAUUUCGAUGCUAACCGUGUUAUGACGGAAUGUUAUCUUCAGAAAGAUUUCUUCGAUCUUAUUGAUAUCGAUUCGUUCGGGAGUGAUUCGUCCUUCUUGAGGUCUGCAUAUAAUGCACUGAAACUGGGUGGGCUAGUCUACAUCACCUCCACCGACGGCUACUCCUCCGGCGGCCAUCGACCCCAGCAUUCUUUAGCAUCAUACGGAGCCUAUGUUCGCCCAAUGCCGUAUUCGAAUGAGGUUGGUUUGCGAAUGCUCAUAGGGGGAGCUUUGCGAGAAGCUUGGGUGUUGGGUUACCAAGUUUCCCCACUCUUCUCCUGCUACUCUUCCCAUGGACCUGUCUUUAGGGUCAUGCUCCGACUAAGCCGUGGCAAGCUUCAUGAACAGAGCAGCCAUUACGGUUUCAUAAGCUACUGCCAUCAGUGUGGGCAUUCUCAGGCAUUUUCAUGGGAUCAGCUUGGUCGGGUCACCUGUCCCUGCUCCAAUUCAAAGGUCUCGAGUUCCCUAGUUCUCUCGGGUCCUUUGUGGACGGGGCCUCUGCAUGACGCAACCUAUGUUGCAGAAAUGCUGGAUUUGGCUGAACAAUGGGGAUGGGCAGGCAAUGGGAGUACUACUAUGAAUUUGGAGAAGCUUUUGAAAUUGAUGAUUGAUGAAAGUGAUCCUAAAUUACCAUUUGGGUACAUAAAAAUGGAUGAGGUUGCAAGUAGGGCAAAAGUAAACUCUCCACCCCUUCGGACCAUGCUUGAUGUCAUACACAAGUUGGCCUACCCAACGAUCUAUUCCAACAGACUUGAAGAGAAUCUUUCCAAGAGUAACAAGGCAACUUCCGAUCGUCGAACCAGUAAAGAACAAAGCCGAAAAUCUAGAGAGAAGGUAGAGGAGACGAUUUUAGAGAGAGAGAGAGAAAGAAAGAGGGAUUUUGCAUCAAAAAUUUCGCUGAAAACUCGAGUUAAGCUUAUUUAUAAAAUGCUACCUCAUCGACGAGUCUAAGAAGGAGGUUCGUCGACGAACACUUAACCCUCAUCGACGAAUUUCAAGCCCUAGAAUCAGCCAUCUCGGUAAAUUCUUGUCAACGAGAUACGCGUCCACAUCGACGAGCCCAAGAAGCCUAUUCAUCGACGAAUGUUCUGCACUCGUCGACGAGACCAUGCUGAGUCCUCCUUUAAAAUUUCUUUUUCUCUCUUUUCUUUUAUUAUUUAAUUACCAUAAUUCUUCAGGUGUCUACAAAAUUUGUCAAAAAUAUCAAUUGACAUCUCAUUUUUACAUUUGCCAUCUCUUUUAUUUUUUUCCCGUGUCUAAAUUUUUUAUGUUUUAACAUUAGUUUUAUAUUUUUUAAACUAAAUUUAGGAAUUAAGAAUAGAAACAACACACCUUUUAUAAAAUGUAAUGAUUUCUUUCAAUUCCCAAUUCUUAAACAUGAUUUUUUAAUUCUCAACGUGCUUAUUAAUAUUUAUUUUUUAUCAUGUGUAAGUUGGUGAUGGUAAUUUAGAAAAAGUAAUAAUUGUAGUAGGUUAUUCCGCAAAUAGGACCCACAACGGCUACUAGUUGUCACGACUCAAGAAUUCUGCUCUAUUUUUUAUUUUAUUUUUUAAUAAUAUGGUAUGUCAGCUCUGAUACCAAAUAUAAUAAACACAUAAUCAACCCGGACCAAAGUGGGCUACCGAGGAUAUACCGGUCCAUAAAUGCUUACUAUCUGUGCAAUGGAAAACAUAAAAAUAUUCAAACCUUAUAUAUACAAUACCAAAGUGCUAUAAGCUCCAUACAUAUACAAAUACAUCCCCAAUAAUCCAUGAAAUACCCUAGGGAUUAUACAAAAACAUAUCUACUAGCUCAAACACUUACCCUGAAACCAAGACAGUACCACAACCUCCUCUACCUUGAAGCUCGCUCCGCCUGUCUACCUGGAUCUCUUGAAAUUUGGGAUGAGACACAUUUUAGAAAGUAGGAAUAAGUUAAUAUCAGUAUGUGACAGAUGAGUUUUAUAUAAUCAAGACAUAACUAUUAAUUCAAUUGUAACAAUAAAGACAUUUCAGUGUAUAUGCAUGUAUCAUAACUCACACCUAUUUCAUUUCAAAUACACACUUUCUACUUGAACAUACUUUUAACUAUGAUAAUUAAUUAUGCUUUCAUAAAUCUAUGUAUAUAUAUAACUGUGAAAACUUUCCUAGAUGGAUAACUGUAAUCAUGAAUUAACCCCGCAUGAUCGGGUUGUACAGCUCGUAAGCUGGACUUUACCAUGGCUGGCUCACCAGGUUAAGUCAAACUGUAUAUGUAUCUAUAAUUGUAACUGUAAUUGUGAGUACGAUUGGCCUACCCAGCCUAAUCCAAACUCCAGGGGGAUCCUCUACUCUCCUCUGGUCCAAUCGACUGCCAACACUUUAUCUGAAAGUAUGGUUGCACCACUAUAACUGUAUAGCAACGGUACCGUGCUCCCUGUAAAUCUCUGGUCCAUCAGGGUUUUGAUACUAUAUAAUACUAUUUAUAAAUAUUACCGUGUUACCAUGAAUUUGUAUAAACUGUAAUACUAUGAUUCUGUAUAAACUGUAAUAUUAUAAUUCUAUAUAAAUUGUAAUAAUAUGAAUCUGUAUAAAAUUGUGUAUCAUGGUUCUGUAUAAAUCUGUAAUAUCAUAGUUCUAUAAA